AGGAGCGCCGUCCUCUUUGUUGUUAGUGAUGACGACAUGAAAAUAUUGUUGUUGCUGUUCAGCGGACGGAGACUCAGCGGAGGGAGACAGACAGGCAGGGAGGAAGGAAGGAAGGAAGGACGGGGUUUGAAGGUUCCGAGGAGUCGAUCCAGCUUCAUUUUAUUUAUCUUCUGUUUGUUUUCGCUUUAAAGAGAGAGUUUGGCACGCGGACAUGUCGGUGAAUAUGGACGAGCUCAGACAUCAAGUCAUGAUCAACCAGUUUGUUUUGACGGCAGGCUGCGCCGCGGAUCAGGCGAAGCAGCUCCUCCAGGCGGCCCACUGGCAGUUUGAGACGGCCUUAAGCUCCUUCUUCCAGGAGGCCAACAUCCCCAGUCACCACCACCAGAUGAUGUGUACUCCCAGAAACACGCCCGCCACGCCGCCCAACUUCCCAGACGCCAUCACCAUGUUCUCCAAGCUGCGGGCGUCAGAGUGCGGCUCCAGCGCCGGCAGCGGCCCCUCCCAGGUGUCCAUGGCCAGCUCCCCCCCGACCCCUUCCUCCACGUCAGGUUUCGGCUCCUUCUGGGCCUCCUCGCCGCCCAGCCACCAGCCGGCCUGGCUGCCCCCGUCGUCUCCUACGGGCCACCACAUGCACCACCACCAUUACCACCAUCACCACAUGCAACAGACUCCCAUGUGGCCCCCGGUCUCCCAGCCCAGCGGCUCCCAGCAGCCGCCCGUCGUGUCAGCGCUCCACGGCCAGAGAUGAGACUGAGCGGUGGGCUGGAGGCGGGAGGGAGGGGGGGAGGGGAGGAUGGGUGCUGGUUCCUGCGUAGCCAAAUGAUUUUCUGUUUUGGAAGGGGGGGAGGGGAGGUCUCGGGGGGAGGGGGUCUAAUGUGGACGAGAGGAGAUGGAAAAAGACAAAGACACUGCUGUUUCCCUCUCUUGUUUUUCUGAAGAAGACGAGCAGUUUGGACUCUUUUCCUCUGCGCCUUCAUCACACACACAAACUCUUCAUCAUCAUCAUCAUCCUCAUCAUCAUCAUCAUCAUCAUCCUUAUCAUCAUCAUCAUCAUCAUCAUCACAAACACGCCCACGCAGAGCACUCACGAGGAGCGGAGCCAUGUUACCUGCUGAACUCUUUGUGGUUUCACUUUUAUCAAGUCUUCUUUCACCGAGUCCAGAGACGAUGUGUCAGGAAGUCGGCAAUAACCGUCGGAGAGACGGACACUGGAGGAAGAGACGGACGCUGGAGGACGAGACGGACACUGGAGGACGAGACGGACACUGGAGGACGAGACGGACGCUGGAGGACGAGACGGACGCUGGAGGUCGAGACGGACGCUGGAUGAUGAGACGUCUCAGAGAGCAUUUACGUUGGAGACUGAAUGUGGACAGUUAGAGGAGGAGGACGGUGGAAGCUGCAGCCAUAAAACUGAGUUGAUUCCAUCACGGUGAUUUGACCCCGACAGAGACGAUGAUGAUCUCACGUGUGACCUUUACAAACAUCCAAAUAAAACUUCCUGCUGGUCUCAAGGUGUUCACAGAGUCCCUCACACAGGGACAGAUGAUUAUGUUUUGUUAUUGAUUCCCACAUCUCUGCAGAGUAUGCAAAUCAAACUUAGGUGCCCCUCCCUGUUUUACGAGUGUGAGUCUGUAAACACUCUGAGACCAGCGGGGAGCUUUUCAUCUCUGUGACACAAAAAUAACUCAUGGCUGUCUAACGGACGGUUAAAGAAGUGAAGAUAUAAAAGAGGUUAAAGGUGAAGGUUGUAAUAUUCUGGUUCUUGAUGCUGGACGCUGUUAGCAGACGGUUCUCCUGCAGGCGACGCCACGCUCUGACUCAUCAGGAGGAGUGUAAUCGCCCGGGCGGCUCAGAGGGUGAAAGUUUUGUACAUACAGACGUUUAGCCAAAUGAUGAACUCACUAAAGAAACGCUCUCAUUCAGUCGUCUGCCGAACUCAGUGAUUUUCCACACAACCUGUUGGACACUCAACCACUCCUACCUCUGUGUGUCUGAAUGUAACUCUGCUGCACACACACACACAGACGGGAUCAGAGAGCGCUCACACUCAAAGAAGAAGAAAACAACGUUGAUGUCGCCUUCUCACAGGAACUCACGAGUAGAUUAGUCUCCAGUUUACACGUCACUUCAUCGAGGGGAGGAAGGUGUUUCCGUCAGGGAGCGAUGGAUGCAGAGAGAGAGAGAGAGAGAGAGAGAGAGAGAAGAUGUUCUUUGCAGACAAUCAAAGUGUUCCCUCUGUUUUUUACUGUCCUGCACUUUCUUCACUUUGAACGCAGGCUUCUGGACUCCAGGAGGUUAAAGUUUUUUAUUUCUCUUGAGUGAACUGCAUCAUGGGUACUGAUCAAAUCCAUCAGCCAUGCAGAAUAAAGGACUGAGACGUGAAUAAUGAACCUGCUUUUAAAGGGACACACCUUUCUUUAAACGUCACACUUCACACCGCUCUGAACAGACAGACAGCCGGACUCUUUGGAGCUUGCUUUAAUGAAGCAUCCGUCACACACGGGGGGGGCGGGGGGUGAGAGUUAAGUCUUCGCUGAUUCAACGUUGAGGCUGGAGCUGGAUUCUUCUGUGUCCUGGCUGAUCUGUAAAACACGAGGAAACAGAGAGAAGUGGUCAUCAUGCUGCCGUUACACAUCUUCUUUUUGUCACAGCGACAACAAACACCAAAGCUUUGUUUACUACUUACUCAUGUUAGAGGAGUUCAAGAAGCAGAGAGUCUCAUUUUACACAUUUUUAAAAAGGCAGCGUGAAGAGAAGAGUGAGGCUGUGAUCAAAGAUUUUAAGUUAAGAUUUAAAGAGUGAAGUCAGCCGUGUGCCUCCAUGAAGGUUUGAGGACACGUUAAUGUUUGGAUGAGCCGUCUCAUCGUGGAUCACGGACUCUUCAGACUGGAGGGAUGAUGGUUUCUUUUCUUUCAGACGAGCGUGAAGCAGCUCGUGUCACAGACCUGCUGGAGGCUUCGACAGACUGUCCCGUGAUUUUAUUUGACUUUACCCAUUCAACCGUUUUUUGUUUUUUUGCUCUUUACCAGGUGGUGUUUCUUUUUUCUCAGAACUCACUGCUCCGCUCUUUUCUAGAGAUUUCUCUUUGUACUUUGUGUUCAUUUCCUCUGUUGAAAUUUGUAUUUAUAUGUUUAAUAAAACAACGUAUGAACUGCUG